GGGAGGGGGCCGGGCCGCAGCGACGCGGUUCCUGCCGCCGUGACAUGGGUUCCCCCGCCAUGGCGGUUGCUGCGGGAGGCCUCAGAUAACCGCUCGCGCCCCCCUCCCCGUCCCCCUUCCCCUUCCUCCUGCUGCCGCCGCCGCCAUGCCGGGCCGGGCCCCGCCGCUGCCGCCCGUCGCGCAGCCCGCAGAUAUGUAUUAACUUCAAAGUGGAACUAACAAUGGAACCAGAUAUUAUUCGAAUGUACUCCUCAUCCCCUCCACCACUAGACAAUGGAGCUGAUGAUGAUGAUGAAGAUGAAUUUGGAGAAUUUGGAGGAUUUUCUGGUGUAAGUCCUGCUGGUGUAGCUUUUGCUGAUUUUGAUACACCAGACUACAGCAAUUCAAAGGAGGAGUUUAUACCCACAAAUCAUUUUAUCCCGCUUCAUGACUAUUCUGACAAUGUAGCUAGCAUUGCAACUUUCACCUCUGUGAAAAAUGUUAAAGACUGUAUCUCAGAACUUCCUAGUCUUACUAAAGAACUUUCUGAUAUGUCAGCUACUACUACCAGCAAAGAAAAAUCUAAGUUUAGAACUUCAGGUACUGCUUUUAAUAUAAGUUUAGAAGAUGUAAAUGAACGAGAGGAACAAAGAGAGAGCACUGGGAAAUUGGAGGGUUUUUCUUCUAAUGUGGUUAGAACUGAUACAGCAGUUGAGAGCCAGGAGGAGCAAAUAGAUGCUUGUAAUGGUGAGAAACUUCCAUGUCUAGAGAUUCUAACAAAUGGAUUUGCAGCAUUGGACCCCGCAAAUCCUCAGGGAACAGAAGAUCUAGACAGCAUCAGUGAUUUAAAGGGACUAAAGACUGUUAGCACCUGUAGUACUGAGCUAAAUUUGAACUCGAUACCUAGCUCAGGUGAAGACUUUGCAGAUUUUGCUACAUUCUCAAACAGAAAAACAAUCCACUUGGAAGAAACAGGGCUUACAAUAUGCAGUGUUAAUGAAAGAGACUCUCUAAACAUUCAGGAAAACAGCAUAAUAAACAGAGUAUCUGAAAGAACUAAAAGAAUGGGAUUCACUUCUAAUAGGAACUACAAAAAAGAGGAAGAUAUUUGCACUUCAGAAAUGAGUUCUGAGCAGGGUCCCACAGCACUAGAAGAUAAUGAAUUCACAAUUUCUAGUAUGCCUCAAGCAACUAGAAGUUCAAUAUGCACUACUGAAAAUGGGGAAAACAAUGAAAGGAGAAAACAAUGUGACAUACAGAAUGGCAAAGAUUUUUCUAGGCAUGAUGAUUUUUCUGAAACAGAGGACAUCAAAGUUGAUAAGUUUGAAAACCUAAGCAAUGAUCUUGCAGGAGAAAACUUGAGUGAUUCUGAAGAUACUAAGAAUCGUGGAAGUAGUAUUGAACUUGCAGCUUCCCUUGAUACAAAUGAUGAUUUUGGUGAUUUUGGCUCAGUUAGUGCAUCUCCCACUUUUAAUAAUGCUCAAGAAUCGAUAAAUGUUUUGGCUUUACAAGGAACUUCUGAACAACCUGUGCAUGUUAGUGAAACUACUGAUGAUUUUGGUGACUUCAGGGACACAAGUACUGUUUGUCAGCAGCCAGCAAAGUUAGAUCAAGCUGAAUUAAAUCAGUCUGCUGACACUUCAGAAUGUGAUGCUACCAGUAAAAUUUCUUGCUUAGACUUCCAGCAUGCUACUAAGGUAGAAAACGGUAACAAUAGUGAGUUUGGAGACUUUGAUUCAGUGCCAAAACCUCAAGAUGAGAGUGUUACUUUUCAGGACUCUGACGACUUUGCAGACUUUAGUUCAGCAGGCUGUAACCAGGCUACCGACUGGAAUGCUUUUGAAGAUGAACAAAAAGACAGCUGUUCCUGGGCUGCCUUUGGAGAUGAGCAAGCUGGUGAAUCUCAUCACAGAAAAGAGACGUGGCAGUCGCACAGGGCAGGUGCAUCAGCGAGAAUUGAUGGUCCGGUAUUCUGCAAGACUGACAGUUUUGCUUUAGCAUCUUCCGAAGGAACUAGCAGUAGGCAAUCUCAAGAGCCAGCGCCUUCAGUACAGACAACAUUGUUAAGUCGUCUGGAACGAAUAUUUGAAGUCUGUUUUCCUUCCAUGCCUGUUCUUGAAAUUGAAGAAGAAAUAAGUUCCUUGAAUCAUUUGUUGGAAGCAGAUGAAAAGCAAAUGACAACUGAGGAGACCUUAGCAAAUAGUGGGGAACUGAUGGACGUGUGGACAGAGCUGCAGGAUAUCCAUGAUGCAUAUGGACUGAGAUACCAGUGGGGUGGCUCCCACAGCAACAAAAAGCUUUUGUGCUCCUUGGGAAUCGACACAAGAAAUAUUCUCUUUACAGGCAACAAGAAACAGCCUGUUAUAGUACCCAUGUAUGCAGCGGGACUGGGUAUGUUAGAACCUACCAAGGAACCUUUGAAACCCAUAUCUGCAGCAGAAAAAAUAGCUUCGAUAGGACAGACACCUCCUGUAUCACCAGAGAUGAACACAUGUACACCUGACCAGUUCCAGGAAUCUCUACCACCUGUCCAGUUUGACUGGAGUAGCAGUGGCCUUACUAACCCUUUAGAUGCUAGUGGAGGUUCCACUCUUCUGAACCUUGAUUUCUUUGGGCCCGUGGAUGACAGUAGCUCUAGCAGCACCACCACAAUCCCAGGUGUGGAUCCAGAGUUGUAUGAAUUGACAACCUCAAAACUGGAAACUUCCAAUACGAGCAACAGAGUGACAGAUGCAUUUGCAAGACUCAUGUCCACUGUAGAGAAGGCAAGCUCAUCCACAAGGAAGCCUAAAAAGGAAGAACAUCUUAGUGAAGAGGCUGCCAAGGUGAUUUCUAGCCUUCCUGACUUAACUUUCAUGCAUGCCAAGGUGUUGAUGUUCCCAGCCACAUUAACACCUUCAACAAGCUGCCAAGAAAAGGUAGACUAAAGUGAUGUGAAUUGGACAUUUUCUAUUGAUUUCUUUUUUCUUCCCUCUGUGGGUCAUAAAAAGCAAUCUUGCUUUAAUUAAAAAAAAUUCAAGUUCAGAUGAUUUGUUGGUAAGCAGCACUAGAAAGGUAUACAUAGUAAUGUAUAUUUAUUUACAUACUGGAGUCCUAAAUUUAUAUUAGAGAAAAAUGUAAAUAAUUGGGGGUGAAUCUUUUUGAAGAUCUAUUCUUUUUGUUGUGCUGGGGUGUAUACAUUUAUGUCUUUGUGAAAUACACUGGUGGUGUCCUUCUUACAAAACUUUAAAAACUUAAAAAAAAAUAAAAAAGAAAACCAAAAAAAUAAAUCCUAGAAACACAUAAAGAAAACUUCAAUCUUCACAGUCUGUGAAGCUCCCUUUAAAGGUUUUCAGAUUGCAUUGAGCAUCUUUCUUUCUUGCGUAUAUUAAAACACUUGUUGCUGAGAAAAAACAGAAGGUUAUAUUGUUCCUUUGUGGAUUUUCAGUUGUUGUUUCUUUAAAACCCAGUAAUUUCUUUUCUGUUCCAGCUACCUUAAGGUGUAUUUUUCUUUUGUUCCUCCUUCUCUUUCCUCCCCCUCUGGCUGAUUGGUUGGUUGAUCAAUUUUUAUGUUCUUAAACUUCAACAGUAUGGCUCUGUCCACAAUAUAGCCUUUUGAAAGGUAUGUUGUUAGUAACUUCUCGUUCCGGUUAUGGAUCACUGUCUAAACACUUGAUUUCUGGAGUCAUUAGGAGGUUGUCUGCAUUCAAUCAGUUUGAUUUGGAAAAGAAGGACCAAAACUAUAUGAAUGUCUUAUAAUGAAAUUUACCUGUUAAUUUUUGUUUUGUUGUACCACUAUUCCUAUGUUUGAUUUUGCACAGUGUAAAAUGACAUAAUCAUAGAUUGCUAUGGUUUUAGGCUGUAUAUACAGUAAAAACUAUGGGUUGUAAAUGUUUGGGGAAAUUCCUAUGGAAAAAAGAGAGCUAUGUAGAAGAACCUCUAAAAAGGUCAAUGUGCAUGCCCAAGGUCUUUUGAGAUUUAAGUGUGUAAAUUUUCUUUUAGCUUACACGAAAUAAAAUAAUUUAAAAGAUA